UCAGAAAAAUAUCCAUUUCAUUCCUAUAGUCUUAUCGUUAUCUCCUUCAGACCUACAGCUUCAACUGCCUCUCUCUUUCUCUCUCUCUCUCUCUCUGUGUGUGUGUGAUGAAGUUACAAGAGGAGGAGGUGGAACAAGAAGCAGCUUAAACGCUCAAUCGGCCUGCCUAUUCCAGAAAUGACCCUAUCGACAACAACAGCGAAACUAACAGAAAUCCAAAUCCGCACCACAUUCCCAUUCCCAUUCACUUGUUAUUCUCACUCCUCUCUCCACCUCUUCUACCACUCCUCAAAACCCUUUCUCCUCCUCAAGACCUUUUCUUCUCUCCACACCAGAAGAAACACCUAUCCCUGGGACCUCGACGACCAUCCCCACACCCAAAACCCUAACGCUCCAAAACCCAAGCCUGCUGCUGAUUCUUGGCUCAAUAAAUGGACUCCUCCAACUCCAAAACCAAACCCCCCUACUAGUCGCCAUAAUUCGACUCGACCCAAGGAUCGAGCCGAAAUCCGGCAUCCCGAUGACAAGAGGGAGGAGGGUGGUUCGGCUCGGCCUAGUGCUAUUGAGAGAAUUGUUCUUAGGUUGAGAAAUCUACGGCAUGGUUCCGCCGAUAAUGAAGAAGAAGAUGACGAAAAGGAGGGAGAGGAGAGGGAGGCAAUGCUGGUUACCGGGGAGGAGAAAUUGGGGGAUUUAUUGAGGAGGGAUUGGGUUAGACCUGAUAAGAUGUUAGUUGAGGAGGUGGAGGAGGAGGACGAGGAGGAGGCGUUGUUGCCGUGGGAGAGGGUGGUGGGGAGGGAACAACAGGAGGGAGGAGAGGCCGAGGGGGAUGCGAAGAAGAAGAUGGCGAAGGCGCCCACUUUGGCCGAAUUGACUAUAGAGGAUAGCGAGUUGAGGAGGCUGAGGCGGCUUGGGAUAACAAUUAGGGAGAGGGUGAGUGUCCCCAAGGCAGGGAUUACGGGGGCUGUACUCGAAAAGAUUCACGAGCAGUGGAGGAAAUCGGAGUUGGUUAGGCUUAAAUUCCAUGAGAGCUUGGUACAUGACAUGAGGACUGCACAUGAGAUCGUUGAGCGUCGAAGUGGAGGAUUGGUCAUAUGGAGGUCUGGAAGUGUUAUGGUGGUUUUUCGGGGAAGUAACUAUGAAGGGCCAUCUCAGAUUUCAAAAUUAAUGGAUAGAGAAGAUGAUUCUUUUUUCGUGCCCGAUGUUUCUAAUGCUGGAAAACCGAUGUACAAUAUUGUGAAUGGUUCUAAUUCAAUUCUGGAAAAGACCAAAAUGCCUACUUCAGUGUGCGCUGAGACUGAGAGUAUGACGGAAGAGCAAGCCGAGUACAAUAGUCUUCUAGAUGGUUUAGGUCCACGCUUUGAGGAUUGGUGGGGUACACGUUUACUUCCUGUUGAUGCUGAUUUGCUUCCUCAGACAAUUCCUGGCUUCAAAACACCUUUCAGGCUUCUUCCAAUUGGAAUGCGGCCACGACUCACGAAUGCUGAGCUGACUAACUUCCGGAAAAUUGCAAAAUCACUUCCUUGUCAUUUUGCCCUUGGAAGAAACAGAAAACAUCAGGGCUUGGCAGCUGCUAUAAUCAAGCUUUGGGAGAAAAGUCUAAUUGUGAAAAUUGCUGUCAAACGUGGAAUCCAGAAUACAAACAACAAACUAAUGGCUGAGGAGAUUAAGAAUCUAACAGGAGGUGUCUUACUGCUCAGAAACAAAUAUUUCAUUGUUAUCUACCGUGGGAAGGAUUUCCUACCAACAAGCGUGGCUUCUGCUUUAGUAGAAAGACAGGAAAUGACCAAACAGAUUCAAGACGUGGAAGAACAAGUGCGGAAUGGGACUGUAGAAGCAUCUUUGAUGGUGGAAGGUGGGCCGGCUCAAGCUGGUACCCUGGCUGAAUUUUAUGAGGCUCAGGCCCGUUGGGGAAGAGAAACAUCUAAUGAAGAACGUGAGAAGAUGAUAGAAGAAGCUUCAAGAACUGGACGUGCUAGAGCAGUUAAGCGAAUGGAGCAUAAACUGAACAUUGCCCAGACUAAAUUGCAUAGAGCAGAGAAAUUGUUAGCUAAGUUAGAAGCAUCUAUGGUUCCUGUAGGUCCUUCUGAUGACCAGGAAACAAUUACUGAGGAGGAACGGUCUAUGUUCCGGAGGGUUGGAUUAAGAAUGAAGCCGUACUUGCCUGUUGGCAUUCGUGGUGUUUUCGCUGGUGUUAUUGAGAAUAUGCAUCUGCAUUGGAAGCAUAGAGAACUUGUGAAGUUGAUAUCAAAACAAAAAAGCCUUGCUUUUGUGGAGGAAACAGCAAGAUUAUUGGAAUAUGAAAGUGGUGGAAUUUUAGUUGCAAUAGAAAGAGUCCCAAAAGGUCAUGCUAUUAUUUACUAUCGCGGAAAGAAUUAUCAACGGCCCAUUAGCUUGAGGCCAAGAAACCUUCUAACAAAGGCAAAAGCAUUGAAGCGUUCAGUGGCCAUGCAACGACAUGAGGCUCUCAGUCAGCACAUAUCUGAAGUGGAGAAAGCCAUAGAGCACAUGAGAAAUGAAAUCGAUGAUGGUAAAGAUGUACAAGCUGAGGACCAUGACAUAUUUGACGAUAUCUCGGACUUCAGCCAAAGUGAAGAUGAAGCUUCGUUGAUUGGUUCAAAUGCUGAUGAAGACCCCCUUGAUUGGGAAGAUGAAGUGUCGGAAUCAUUGAGCUCAUAGACCCAUGAUCUUCCUUCUGUCGUUAUGAGUUGACAGAUUUGGUCUCCUUUUCUGAAGAAACUGGGUAGAGUUUCUUUCUCAGGCCUAAUCCAAUCGAGUGAAAUGUGGUUUUAUAUUGAUUAUGUAUGAGGUAACUGAACGAGCACAUCACAACUCCUUAUGUCAUCUUUUUUAGGUCUGAAGUUUAGCUGAUGCAUCUCCCACUUUAUUAACUUACAAAAUGAUGCGUGUAAUUAAACCAUUUAAGAUUAGGGCAGAGGAAUGCUUUUUUUUUUUUUUUUGGGACUACAAAUUUAGUGUGUAUUACAUCCAUGGACCAUGGCCAACUCUAGAUAUGAUUUGUUGAUUUGGCAAUGUUUGAAAUGCAUUAUUGAGUAGAUACCCAAAAUUUGUAUGCUAAAUGAGGUAGUUAUUGAUGUUUGCAAUCGGUAUUCUCUUGGGAGUGCUUUUUUAUUGUAAAUAGCAAUUGGCAUAGAAAAAGGAUUAGUUUUCCCAACUUUGAGGUUGGUUAGAGUUUCAUUAGGUGAAUCUGUGAAUGAAAGAAAAAUCAGGUUGUGAUAGGGACAAGGAAUUGCAGUUUUCUUCUACAUAAUGAAAGUGGAUAGGGCCAUAUCAUCAGCUUAAUUACAAUGGACAAUAUGCAGUUGAAGAAGAUGCAGUAAGUAGUCAUCAUUUUUAUAGUGUCACAGUUUCUUUCAGAAUAAUUUACUAUUGGGUACGUUAGGGAUUACUAGUUAGGAAUUAGGAUUCCCCCUACUUAUUUGUUGUUAUUGUAUCCCAAUGUUGCCUUACAUUCAUCUAUCUGAAUUACAAGUUCCUCGAUUACUUCAGUUUGGCUUUCUAUUAAAAUUGAUGUCGCAGAACUACUUCCAUUUUGGAUUUGUGUCAGCUGCGUCGGUUUAGUUAGAAACUAUAAAUUCAAUUGAUCUAGUACUGCAAUCAUGUCUUUCUAAUCUCUUUCUUUACUUCCAGCAGGAUGGUGGUGGUUAGACUACUCGCAUCAAAACAUGGUUUACUGCUAUUCCUCCUGUUCUGAUACUCAGUACUGGUUCUAAAAUUCAUUUCCAGGUGCUAUUUCUCUUGAAUCUGAGUUGAAGUUCUUCCCAUGCAAAGCGAGCAACUUAUGGCAUGCUCACUCCGGUAGAAAUUUAUCCCUUGGAAGUGUACAUUCCAUUCAUCUCUUGAGUUUCUGCUCUCUGUUUGUUGAACUUGAUGUAAUCCCAAGCUCGAUGACACCUUUUGCGGCGUAAUCUGAACAUGUUUCUGCAGUGUAAAGCUCGUUACUUAUUGUAGCCAGUGUUCAACUGUUCAAAAAAGGUGUUUAAAUUACUCCUG